AUGGCGAUCACUGACACCAUAAAUGUGGCUAUUGUUGGAGCCAGUGGUGUCACCGGGGGAUCAAUUGUUAACGGAUUGCUUGCCCUAACCGGUCUGACAGUCAAAAUCACCGCUUUGACCCGGCCGGAGUCACUCAAUAAACCAGCGAAUAUACAGCUAAAGGAAAGAGGGGUUCAGGUUGUAGCAGCAAAUCUCAGAGGUCCUCUGGAAAAGCUCGUCGACUUACUUUCCAGUAUUGAUGUGGUCAUCUCUGCCAUUUAUUGGGGCAGCCUAGACGACGAAAUCCCACUCGCCAACGCAGCAAAGGCCGCAGGAGUGAAGCGGUUUGUUCAGUCAGCUUACAAUAUCCCAGCGGCUGCGAGGGGAGUCACCCACUUGCGGGAUAAGAAAGAAGUGAUCCUGAGUCACAUCCAACAGCUCCGCCUUCCAUACACAUACAUCGAUGUCGGUUGGUGGUACCAUGUGGUACUUCCCAGAGUUGCAUCCGGACGCACCGAGCACGCCCUGCCAUUUGGCAUGCCAGAUCUGCCGAUAGCCCUCGAUGGAAACAUACCUAGUGGUUUGACGCAUAUCAGAGAUAUUGGGCGGUAUAUCGCAAGGAUCAUUCUUGACCCGCGCACAGUGAACAAGAAAGUAUUUGUUUACAAUGAGCUUUACACCCAGAACCAGCUGUGCGAUCUAGUGGAGCGUUUGACUGGAGAAAUGCCUCAGCGCAGAUAUAUAUCCGAGAAAUGUGUCCAGAGCUGGCUCCAGGAAGCUCUGGAUGAGCUGGAACGGAACCCAUCGUCGGAUAUUGCACUCGGCGUGGUCAGUCUACGGGAGGUCUUUCUGGCCUCGAACGUGCACGGAACCAAUACCCCGGAGUAUGCCAAGUAUCUUGGUUACCUAGAUGGGAAGGAAUUAUAUCCAGACUUUACCUUUCUUACUUACGAAGACUAUGUUGAGGAGGUUUUGGACGGUAUGCACAGUCAGACGGUGGCUUGA